AUGUUCGGGUGGGUGCUUGUUGAAUUCUAUGAAGCAAGCGGUGAAAUUCUCAACUUGUUGCUUCAACACAAGCCAUCUUUGCUUGAGGACCUGUAUCUUGGUAGAACUCUUCUCUGUCAUGCCAUUCUGUGUCAGAAUCCCAAAGCAGUACAAUUUCUUCUAGAUUCCGGUGCAAAUUCAAACUUCCCGUUGCUAACUAAAAGUGGAAAUGAAUCCCGUCCUAUCCAUCUUGCUGCUAGACUUGGAAGCAUCGACAUUCUGAAGCAAUUAAUCUCUCAUGGGUGUGACGUCAAUGUAAGGACUUCUACUGGAGAGACUCCUUUAAUGAUAUCCGCAAGAUUCGAUCAUGGAGACUGCUUCCAAGAAUUACUCGUAGCUGGAGGUGACUUGGGUCUACUCAGCAAUUUGGGUGAUAGUCCUAUUCAAUUGGCAAAGAGAAGCGCGUUUUCAUCUUCCAUCAUUGACAUUUUCUCUCAGGUUUUAGCUUCAGGGUCAAGCAUUUGUUCAACUGAUUUGUCUGUCUUCUCUCCGUUACACUUUGUUGCUGCAAGCGGCAAAGCUGAAUCAUUACAGAUGAUUCUGCAUUCGUCUACUGAAAACAUAAAUAAGUUUGAUGGAUCAGGAUUGACACCGGUUAUGGUCGCAGCAGAGGCUGGCCACGUUGAGGCUUUCAGGCUACUGGUUAUGGCAGGAGCUGACAUCACAGUAGCAACCUCUGAUGGCAAGAGUUUAAUGUCCAUUUUCCAGCAAAAAGGCCCAACUGCUACAAAAGAUUCUUUUGAGCAGAUCUUGCUUGGUGCUGUCUUGGCUUAUAUAUUGACCGAUCACGAACCAUUCAGAGCGCUGCAUUAUGCUGCUCGUAGAGGAGACAGUUCCUCAAUCAUUCAGCUGCUAAAAAUGGGAUUUAUCGUAGAUUCUUUUGACGAGGAUGGUUAUUCACCACUUAUGCUUGCAGCCACUGAAGGCCAUUCUGACGUGUGUAAAAUCCUACUGGUACAAGGUGGAGCAGAGUGUAGGCUCGUCAAUGACCGAAAUGAGACAGCUUUGUCCUUGGCAAGGAAAAGUGAUCGGUCUAAUAAAGUAACCGAGGGUUUGUUACUUGAUUACUUGGCUCGACUGCACGUGCUUGAUGGUGAGGAGAUUUGUAAGCACACUCGAGAGGGGAGAGGCAAUCCUCACUUGAAAACUGUUAAGAUGCAGAAAUCUGGGGUUUUGACAUGGGGGAAAACAAGGCGGAGGAAUGUAGUUUGUAAGGAGGCAGUAUCCGGACCGAGCUCGGCCUUUCUAAAGAACAGGAGUGUUGAUGAGGAGGGCAAGUCAGUGAUUUUCCAUGUCAAGACUGUGGCAGGGAGGGAGGUCCAUUUUGAAGCAAGUAGCGGUUUUAGUUUGGAGCUGUGGGUCCGGGGUAUUAAUCUCAUUGUGAAGAGGGUGUUGCUUCUGGGUCUUGAGGAAAUGUAG